UGUGUGUGUGUGUGUGUGUGUAUGGAUACACAUAUGCACAGAUGUGUGUAUAUGGGACUGUGCACCUAUGGAUAGACGUGUGUGCGUGUAUGUGUGCGUGCAUAUACAUGGACGCAUGUGUAUGCGUGUGCAUGGCUGCAUGCAGGUGCGUGCGGGCAGGUCCGUGCGUCCAUCCCCGUGUCUCUCCCGAAGACCGCAGCAGCCGGAGCCGCCCCCGGGGCGGAGCGCAGCGCGGGCGCCUUCAAAAGUGCGGACGGAGCCCGGGGAGCGGCGCGGAGCCCCCGGAGCAGCAGCAGCAGCGUGAGCCAUGAAGACGAAGGUUUGCCUCGGCCUCGGCCUGCUCCUCAGCGUGGCGGUGAGCGCCUGCCUGUGCCGGCCGGCAGCGAAGGCACCGGGGGGCUCCCACCGCGCCCCCCCCAGCCUGGCCCGGCGGGAGUGGCCCGAGCCCCCGUCCCCGGAGCAGCAGCACCUCCUCUCCCGCUUUCUACCCCACGUCUUCGCAGAGCAGAGCAAAGGCUUCGUGCAGGGGAACGGGGAGGCAGAGGCCCUGCACGACCACUUCUACCCCGACUGGAUGGACUUCGGCCGCCGGAGCACCGGGGAUGAGGCCGAUGCCGCGUAGCCCCAGUGCUGAGCCCCGACGCGCUCAGCGCAUCUUUGGUCCUGCAAUAAAGCUUUGGCACGCCCGCUUCUGCCGCCGCCUCGUCG